AGGGCGAGGGAAAGAGAGAGAGAAGAGAAAAAGCGGUUGUACACGUGAUGGAAGAAAGGAGUAACUCCUCCAGUAGCAGAAGCAGUACCCCUUCCACGUUCCUUCAGAGCUGUCGCUAGGUCCUCUCCCGUUUUUGGCUUCACGCAAUUAUUCGCUCAACAACGCAACUACCCCACCCCCCACUCUCCGUUUUCAGUUCCCAUUAUUUCACUCCUCACUCCAUUUUCUGACUCCUCCCAGGGAGAGAACUUUCUCAAAAUGAUCGCAAUGGCGAAGCCGCUUUGGAUCUUUGUGAUUUUCUGUUUCUUCUAUGGGCGGCUUUCCAUGGCUGCUGCUGAGAAGAAGACUUACAUAGUGCAUGUGGCCAAGUACCGGAUGCCGGACGCUUUCGACCACCACUUGCACUGGUACGACUCCUCGCUCAAGUCCGUCUCCGACACGGCGGAGAUGAUCUACGCUUACAACAACGUCGUUCAUGGAUUUUCCACCAGAUUGACGCCGGAAGAAGCACGGCGGCUCGAGAGCCGACCGGAGAUUCUAGCGGUCGUGCCUGAGAUGAGAUAUGAACUUCAUACCACUCGCACUCCUCAGUUUCUUGGACUUGACAAGAAUGCA